UUAAUCAAUAUUCCAAUCAAAAUGGAAGAAAUUGAUAAUUAUAAAGAAUUUAAAAAGUUAAAAAUUCUGGGUGAAAAGAAUUACGACGAGGUUUGUGAAGAAAUAAAAGCAGGUGGAUUGUCGAAGGAUGUCGUACUGAAAAUUGGAGUGCAAUAUAAAUAUCUUUUUAGCCAAUAUCACUUCAAUUCGGUAGACAUACGUGAUUGCCUAUUCCCACGUACAGUUGCAAUGUCAAUAAUUCAUGUUGCAAUAGCCCUGAAUGAUCAAGCAAUGAUAGAUCACUUGUUAGCUUUGAAUUGCAAUCUCCAGGCGACGACAGGAUACGGAUAUUCAGUAUUGCAAUUUGCUGUCAUGUGUAACAAGUUGACAACUGUCCAGAAAUUAUUAGCUACUGGUAUUGAUACCAAUAAUCUAGGAGAAGAUCUCCAAUUGCUAUUAGUAACAGCCGUCGAUUCUAACAAUUUGGAAAUGGUGGAAUUGUUAAUCAGUCGCGGUGCUCAAGUCAAUGUCGGUAAAUUUUGUCACAUUAACGAGUCACCUUUCGGUUGUGCUGUCGCUGAAUCUAAUGUGAAGAUGAUGGAGCUCCUAAUUAGUCAUGGUGCUGAUGUUAAUUUAAUGAUGUCUGGUAUAACCUUAGCCCGGACAGGCACACCUUUGAUGGCUGCUUGUUUUUUCAGAGAUACAAUGGAUUCAGUAGAGUUAUUGUUGAAUCAUCCAUAUAUUGACAUCCAGGCUGUUGACAACUUUGCUGAAAGUUGUGUAUUUGUUGCUGCUAGAAACGACCAAUUGAAAAACUUACAGUUGAUUCUAAACACAAAUAUUGAUAUAAAUACUAAAAAUAUUUAUAACAAGCUGCCGGUAAAUGUUAUAUUGGGUCACAAUUUUGAGUUCGAUAUGUUUGGAAGAAUUUUUCUUAAAUAUUCAAUAAAACGUCAUAUUGUCAAAUUGAUUGUCGCUGGAUUUUAUGUCUGUGAAGAAAACAGAGAAGCUGUUGAAGAUGAAAAAUUUGACAAUUUGCGAGCUGAAUGUUCUGAAGAAAUCCAACUGAUGAAGAACACCAAAGAAUUGUCCACCAACUGGUCCUACUUCACGAUUCUUAGGAGUUCUCAGCACACUUUGGCUCUCCGCUUCAAACACGUCGAAGUUUCUGUUGAUCAAGUAAAAGGGUGGAUUGAAAAAUUCCCACUCUACGGAGAAAUUCUUGCGUUUCACGUAAAAAAGGCUCUGCAGCGGAAGAUGAUACUUGAACGCACAGACCAAGUGCUAUUUGAAUUACACAGUGAAAGUUAUUUAGAAGAUAAAUUAAUAGUUGGUGAAGACAAUAUAGUCAGGUAUCUCGCGGUCCUGUCCUCGCACUCAUAA